AUAGAAUCCCAAUUGUCCAUAAGACCACGCCAACCAACCAUGAUUUUGUUUUUUCCUUAAAUAUGUACUUGUCCUCCAAAGCAUGAAGCACAAGUGGGAUAGAAUAAAAAGACACACAUUUGUGGCUUGAGUAAUUUCCUAAGUGAUUUGUUCAAUGGUUAUGGAGAACAAAACUUCUCUCCCUCUCUAUGAAAAAAUAUGGGUCAAACACACAUUUUCAAGAGUUAUGGAUUCCUUCACAUUGCUCCUCCUCUUCUUACUUCUUGCUUAUCGUGUUUCUUCCUACAAUAACCACAAUUUUUCUUGCUUUGUUGCAUUUCUAUGUGAGUCAUGGUUUACCAUCACUUGGAUUACAACCAUGAGCACCAAAUGGACUCCUGCACAUACCAAAACCUUCCUAGAUCGUCUCUUGCUUAGGGUAUCUGAUUCUGAGCUUCCAGCAUUGGACAUGUUUGUAACAACAGCAGAUCCAGUGCUAGAACCACCAAUAAUCACAGUGAAUACAGUGUUAUCAUUGUUGGCACUUGAUUAUCCUGCUAAUAAGCUAGCUUGUUAUGUUUCUGAUGAUGGGUGUUCAACUCUUACCUUCUAUGCUCUUGUGGAAGCUGCCAAAUUUGCUGAAAUUUGGGUACCAUUUUGUAAGAAGUACAAUGUACAAUGUAGAGCACCAUUUAGAUAUUUCUGUGAUGAAGCCAUGGCUAAUAAUAAUGACUUGCCACAAUUCAAACAUGAUUGGUUGAAAAUGAAGGAAGAGUAUGAACAACUUAGUAGCAAAAUUGAAAAUGCAGCCCAAAAGUCAAUUCCAUGUCAACUAAUGGGAGAAUUUGCUGUCUUCUCACAAACACAAGCAAGAAAUCAUCCAACUAUAAUCAGGGUAAUUCGAGAAAACAAAGGUAUUUCUGAUGUGAUGCCUCACAUAAUCUACAUAUCUAGAGAGAAGAGGCCAAAACAACCACAUCAUCACAAAGCUGGUGCAAUGAAUGUCUUGACAAGAGUCUCUGGAUUGAUGACAAAUGCUCCCUUUAUGCUAAACUUAGAUUGUGACAUGUAUGUGAACAAUUCUAAGAUUGUACUACAUGCCCUUUGCAUUUUGUUGGAUUCAAAGGGAGAAAAAGAAGUUGCAUUUGCUCAAUGUCCACAACGAUUCUAUGAUGCGGUAAAAGAUGAUGCUUAUGGAAAUCAGCUUGUGGCUUUGCCUAUGUACAUAGGAAGUGGAUUUGCUGGACUUCAAGGGAUUAUAUAUGCUGGAACAAAUUGCUUUCAUAGAAGAAAAGUUAUGUAUGGUCUUUCUCCUCCUAAUGAAAUUCAAAAUGCAAAGAAGGGUCAAGGUUUCACCAAUGGAACGUUUUUAUCAGAAAAAGAAACAAUGCAAAAAUUUGGAACCUCAAAGGGAUUUGUUGAAUCAGCUACUCAUAUUUUGGAAGGGAUUACAUCUGACCUUCACAAAUCUCUUGACCUUGAAGCAGCAAGCAAAGUUGCUAGUUGUGAUUAUGAAUACAACACUGCUUGGGGUAAACAGGUGGGAUGGUUAUAUGGAUCAACAUCAGAGGAUGUACUAACUGGGCUCAAAUUCCACACGAAAGGAUGGAGAUCUGAGCUUUGUUCACCAGACCCAAUAGCUUUUAUGGGCUGUUCACCACAAGAUAACUUGGGCCAAAUGGCCCAACAUAAAAGAUGGUCUACAGGGUUGCUUGAUAUCUUCCUUAGCAAGCAUUGUCCAAUUUUUGGUACCCUAUUUGGUAAGCUACAAUUUAGAGAGUGCUUGUCAUAUAUUUGGAUCACUAAUUGGGCAUUAAGAUCUAUCCCUGAAAUAUGUUAUGCUCUUCUACCUGCCUAUUGCAUCAUUACCAACUCCAGUUUCUUGCCUAACAAGGAACUCAGUAUGUGGAUCCCAACAACUCUAUUUGUGAUCUACAACGUAUCGAAUCUAAUAGAGCACGUAAAGUCAGGAUUAUCAAUCAGAACAUGGUGGAACAACCAAAGAAUGGGAAGAAUAACAACCAUGAAUUCUUGUUUUUUGGGAUUCUUAACUAUCAUACUUAAGAACUUGAGAAUAUCAGACACCAAUUUUGAAAUAACAAAGAAAGAACAAGUACCUUCUAAUGAAAGUACCAAUGAAAAUGCCGGUAGGUUCAUUUUUAACGAGUCACUUAUUUUUCUACCGGGCACUACAAUUUUGCUUGUUCAACUCAUAGCAAUUUUUACGAGUUGGUUGGGAUGGAAACCACUAAUAAAGAGUGGUGCUGAUGGAUAUGGAGCAGGAGAGGUUUUUUGUAGUGCAUAUGUGGUUUUAUGCUACUUGCCAUUUUUGAAAGGAUUGUUUGGGAAAGGAAAAUAUGGGAUACCCUUGUCUACAAUAUGCAAAUCAAUGGUGCUAGCUUUACUAUUUGUUCAUUUAUGUGGUACCACCAUUGCUAAUUGAAUGGUCCUAAAUUCAUUUAUGUUUUUUCAUUGUAAAAGUUCUUCAAUCUUGAAAGAACAAUGAAAGGCAUCAUGUUCAAGUAUAAGGAAGGUCUUUUAUUCAACAAUUAUUUCAACUUUUGACUUCAUUCA